UUAAACCCUCGUUUAUCUCCCUAGCCUCCUUGUUCCUCGUUCCUUUCUCCACUGCAAACCCCCCAAGAACAGCCAUGGUGGUGGCCGCUCCGCCCCAAAUUCUAGCCGAAAAGAUCCGAGAAACAGACCUUCCAAUCAUCGAUCUCUCCGGCGAAAGAUCCGAGGUCUCGAAGCUCAUCGUCAAAGCCUGCGAAGAGUUCGGCUUCUUCAAGGUGACCAACCACGGCGUCUCUCAGGACGUCAUCAAUGAGAUGGAAGCGGAAAGCUUCCGCUUCUUCGCCCGACCUGCCGCCGAGAAGCAGCUCGCGGGGCCGGCCAAUCCCUACGGCUACGGAUGCAAGAACAUUGGCUUCAAUGGCGAUUUCGGAGAGGUCGAGUAUCUUCUUCUCAGCGCCAACUUUCUCUCCAUUUCCCACAGAUCCAAAUCCAUCUCGAACGACCCAUUGAAAUUCAGUUCUGCAGUGUGUGGUUACGUUGAAGCAGUUAGGGGUCUGGCAUGUGAGAUCUUGGAUAUGAUGGCAGAGGGAGUGGGGGUCCCACAGGCAUCAUCAUCAGUGUUCAGCAGCCUAAUCAGGGCCGUCGACAAUGACUCCGUCUUCAGGCUCAAUCACUAUCCGCCUCUCCGGGAAGCACCGGAUCACGUUCGCCGCCACCACCACCACCGGGUUGGCUUCGGCGAGCAUUCUGACCCCCAGUUGCUGACCAUUCUGCGAUCAAACAACGUCGGCGGCCUCCAGAUCUCGCCGGAGGACGGCGUCUGGAUCCCUGUUUCCGCCGACCCCACCUCCUUCUCUGUCAAUGUGGGUGACGCCUUGCAGGCGAUGACGAGUGGAAGGUUUGUGAGCGUGAGGCACAGAGCGCUGGCCAACUCGCAGGAGGUGAGAAUGUCGAUGGCGUACUUCGCGGCCCCGCCAUUGCAUGCGCGGAUCGCCGCUCAGCCAGAGCUGACUGGCCGCCGCCGGGAGUGUCUGUACAGGCCCUUCACGUGGGGUGAAUACAAGACGGUAACCUAUUCUCUCCGGCUUGGAGAGCGCCGUCUCAACCGCUUCAAAGCAGACGAAGGUGACGAAAUCAUCUGAUACAUAUAAAUUUAAUUAAAAUUGUCAUAUCCAAUAGGAAGAAUUGAUCUUCUCUAAUCCCUGCUGGGAAAUUUUGCUCCUUAUAUGUGACCAACCAAAUUAAAAGUUUUAGUUUUUUUUUUUUUUUUUUCUUUUUCUGGGUGAUUAUGUUUGGAAGUGGGGUCCUUAUGGGUGUUAAGUGUUGGAAAUGGGCCUCCAGUAAUAGGCUGCACUCGGCCCACGGACGGCCCAAUCUUUUGUUGUCGGCUGUAGAAACUCAUUUUGUAAGAAACUCUUAUGGGUGUUGCGAAGUGAUCAUGUGCAUUAUCUUGAUGAUGAUCAUG